CUGCACGUUUUCAUCAUGGCAGGUCAACCAACGAGUGGGAGAACAAUUCUGGUGGCGAUCGACGGUAGCCAGAAUUCUGACAACGCCUUUACUUGGGUUCUUGGCAACAUAUUCCGGGAAGGAGAUAACGUAGUAUGUGUCCAUAGCGCCGAAUACAAGAUCUCAUCUGGAUUUUCGGAUGCCGUUGCAAUUUCCAACAUGAUGAAGGAGGAGCAAGAAAGAGUAGGAAAUCUCAUAGCUAAAUAUGCCCAAGCCUUAAAACAAAAUGGGGUGAAAGGGAAGAGCAUAAAAAUGGAAGGGAUGAAGGCGGGAGAAGCUAUUGUCCAGGCAGCUAAAGACGAGAGUGCGCAGAUCAUCGUGACAGGAACUCGUGGAUUGGGCACCAUCCGACGAACCAUCAUUGGUAGUGUUAGUGACUACGUCGUUCAUCACGCCACCUGCCCAGUCAUCAUUUAUAGGGAAUGAUGUCAUCCCUGGCCUUAGUCUAACAGAUUGUCCAUUCUUUGUAACGUAACUAACCUGAUAAUCUGUUCCGACUGCCGAAUACAUCAAUUUUUUCCCGCCAGCCAUAAAAUGAAUUGUAAGGAAUAUCUAUCAACUUAUACAGGCAUCGGCUUCUCUCUCUUUGUAGUAGUGAGAAAGGGUUUCAUUGAUAUUGUUUUAGAGAGUUAAAUCUGUAACAAGAUCAGUUAGAUAUGGGCAGUCGCGGAUAUGCAAUGAGUAGAUAUCUUAUCUUAGAUGUACUAAUAAUUGCACUGUGCGACGCCAACGAAUGUCAUGAGUAUGAGUAAAGCAAACUUUGUCAGCAAAAAAUAUCCACUUUAUUCCAUAACUAUACCCGUUUUCAUGGUGGACAGUGAUCUCGGACAGGUUUCUUACUGACGAAUACUUACUGACGAUUGCUCAAACACAGUUGCCCACAUAUCGUGUAUCAACUCAUUCCUAGCCUGCAGCUAUUUUUAAAGAUUGAAACAAUUGUAUUUUAUGAAGAAUUUAGGCAGAUGACCCUGUUCUGCCAUGAAUUAUCUUUGUUAUACUCACCAAGCGCUGUUAAGGCUUUAAAUGAUGUCUAGUUGGUCUUCGCUUAUGGAUGAAGAAAUAAGUGUUUCACGCAAAUGGUUGACAGUGGCGCCAGCUUUUAGUUCUGCAUGCUUUGUGUUUGUACAUAUGGGUUUUGGUUCCUUAUACUUUCAGACGAUUCUUAAAUAGUGACCCCUGCAUUAAGUACUCAAGACAGCUUAUAACGUCUAUAUAUUUUUGGAUGUUGUAUCCAAUAACCACUACUGUAUGCAGUUCGGUAUGCCGAUGUAUUCCAGAGUUAUCGGACUUGACCAGAAAGGGCAAGUCGACAACAUUAACAAUAUGUUUAAUCGUUGACAAAAACCUGUGAUAUCUCCUUGAUCAUUACAGAGGACACAUUAAACUCACAAUUACAAUUUUCAGGAUACUCAUCAGAAAAACUAAUAUACUUAAUCUGGAUAUAACGUCUCUUUCAAAAGAUAAUAAAUUCUUUUGAUCUUUUUUAA